CGCUAUAUCAGCUUGCCCUCAAGUUGUGGACCGUGCACCAGCACGUGGAACUUGUCGCCAUCGAGGACCUGGCCCCUCCUGCAUGACUGGGUGCUGUGCUGACCAAGCAGCAAGCUGGACGGUAUAUGCGAUGAGACUCGCACGCUCAUGCCGACAGUGUCGCGAGACAAAGAGACGAUGCAGGCGGAACGGGCCCGGCGAACCCUGCGAAACGUGCCGGAGCAGGCGUCUGGCAUGUGAGGGCGACAUACGACACCAACAGCCCCGUCCGCAUGGCCAGCCACCGCCACUACUCCCAAAGGCCCACGCCAGAAUCCCACCGGUUGCUGAGUUGGCAUCACAGAUAACAGUGGAAGCGACCAAUCCGCAAGCCCAGCACAGCCAGGGACAAGAACCCUCCCCUGUACCCCUUGAGCUCUCCCCGGGCACGGCGAUGGAAAUGGUUGAGCUCUACCUCAGCAAGAUCAACAAUGGCCGUCCGCACAGCCUCUUCCACCCUGCGACGCUGCGAUCACAAGUCCAGGGAGGCACCCUGAAACGAUGCCUGCUGUACGCAAUAUGUGCCAUCGGGUGCCGGUACUCCGCCAACCCGGACACGCGAGCCCGCGAACCGCGAUUGGUGGCCGAAGCGAAGCGCCUCCUGCAGCUCGGCAUCGAGGACGUCUGCCUCGAACACGUACAGGCCUGCAUCCUGAUAAAGACCGUGUGCAUUGAUUCGUCAAACGCGGCUGAGGCGCUGUAUCACCGCAUCGCCUCAGCCAUGGCUGAUGUCCUCCGGCUCAACUCCCUCGACACCCAGAGAUCCACCCCGCUGGUCGUGGCCGAGAUGAGGAGAAGAGCAUGGUGGACGCUCUACCUGUCCGACAACUGGUGUGUCUCGGGCCUGGGCGUGCUCAGCCCUAUCAAGCACCAGCCCAUUGUUAUCGAUCUGCCCAUGGACGAGGCCGAUUUCCUGACGCUGCCAGUGAACCAUCCGGCCCCGCCACAGGGCCAGGCCUGCAGGCCCGGUCCCUUUGCGCAGAAAAUACGGCUUAGCACGCUGUUUGAGCUGAUACAGGACUUGAACCGGCGGGUGGCCGCCGGCGGAGCCACGACUACCGAGCUGGACCGGGAGGUAGAAGUUCUCUCUGGCCGGCUCGAGGAUUGGAAGCAAGGGCUGCCACCGGGCUACGAAAUGAGCAUGGACAAUAUCCAUCGUCACCAGGAACGUGGCUCGGGUGCCUCGUUCGUGCUCAUGCAUAUGGCAUACCACUACUUCGCCACGCUGCUGUACUUUCGAUUCCUCGAAGGCAGCAAUGACACCCAAGCCCGCAAUCGACCGAGGAAAAGGCACCAGCACAAGAAGGAGGAGGAGGAUACAACGUCCCCGGAAUCCUACAAAGUCUACGUCGAACGGUGCAAACACAACGCUUCCGCAUUCAGCUCUCUCCUGCGCCGUGCACGGCAGCUCAGGGACUGCGAGCCUAUCUUCCCGAUGAUCGGGCACCUGGCGACCGUGUCAUCCUCGGUCCUCUUGCACACGCUGCUCUUUGGGGACGCCACUGAGCUUGAGGCUGCACGGGACGCGCUCCAGGCCAACUUUGAGGCGCUGAUGGAGCUGCGGAGGUACUGGCCAGCUACUUCUGCCAUGGUCUCCCGGCUGGUGACGUUCCAAAACACCUGCGUCCUCUGGUCGUCAAGAUCUUCUUCACCAAAGAACACACAUCGUUUGGACGGCUGGAUGCUGCGAUAUCUGCUCGAGCGCAACCUGAACACUGGCCAGGACACGGUCCCGUCCCCGUCCUCGUGCUCGGAACCGCAAAAUGACCUUGCCCCGGCACACGUCGAGCCAUGGGAGUUUGACAACCACGACGGUUCGUGGUUAGCAUCGCGUGCGAGCGACUUGGCCGAGACGGUCAGAUACAUGGAUCUUCCGUAGCUGCGUAUACAUUGCAUAGACAUAGCAGAGGGGAUCGUCAUGCCUGCUACGAUCGGCCCGUGUCAUCGAGAGCCUAGCGGGGAGCCCGGGAUCCCGAGAAACGAGAGGAUAUCUCUGCGCUCAAGACUUCAUAGGCCAUAUGUGAAUUCGUCAGAUGCCGCAGCUGCGUCUCGACAUUGCCCCCUUUCCCUGUGACAUGCAUUUGGCCAUCCCGCUGCAGGAGUAGCGUAGAUGGGCCACGAUAUUCGGUAGCCCAGCCAUUGAUAGGGUUGUCGUCAGCAGCUUGGUGAAGUCAAAGUUCCUGCACGAGACGGAUUCCAGCACCGCAGUGAUCAGACCUGCUACUACUGGCCAUAAUAAAAGGCGGACAAACCCGCGCUGUAGGAUUAUGCAAGAGAUUUCAGGGCAGGAGCACAACUCGCCAGG